CAGCCGCCGCCGCCACCGCCGCUGCCGCCACUGCCACCGCCGCCUCCGCCCGCCUCGCGGACCCAGCGAGCGGGGUCGCCGCCGCCUGCCCGCCCGCGUGCCCCGGGGCUGCGGUGGGCCAGGAUGUCGGGCUUCCUAGAGGAGCUGCUCGGCGAGAAGCUGGUGACGGGCGGCGGCGAGGAGGUGGACGUGCAUUCGCUGGGCGCCCGCGGCAUCUCGCUGCUCGGGCUCUACUUCGGCUGCAGCCUGAGCGCCCCCUGCGCGCAGCUCAGCGGCAGCCUGGCCGCCUUCUACGGCCGCCUGCGGGGGGACGCGGCGGCCGGGCCGGGGGCCGGGGCCGGAGCCGGGCCGGGGCCGGGGGCCGGGGCGGCCGCGGAGCCCGAGCCGCGGCGCCGCCUGGAGAUAGUCUUCGUGUCCUCGGACCAGGACCAGCGACAGUGGCAGGACUUCGUGCGGGACAUGCCGUGGCUGGCGCUGCCCUACAAGGAGAAGCACAGAAAGCUUAAACUUUGGAACAAAUACCGCAUUUCCAACAUUCCCUCACUAAUAUUCCUAGACGCCACCACCGGGAAGGUUGUGUGCAGGAAUGGGCUGCUGGUGAUCCGCGAUGACCCAGAAGGUUUGGAAUUCCCUUGGGGACCUAAACCCUUCAGGGAAGUCAUUGCAGGGCCCUUGCUUAGAAAUAAUGGACAGUCCCUGGAGAGCAGCAGCCUGGAGGGGUCUCAUGUGGGAGUCUAUUUCUCCGCACACUGGUGCCCACCCUGCCGAAGCCUCACCCGGGUCCUGGUGGAAUCCUACGGGAAGAUCAAGGAGGCAGGCCAGAAAUUUGAGAUCAUCUUUGUUAGUGCGGACAGGUCCGAGGACUCAUUCAAACAGUACUUCAGUGAGAUGCCCUGGCUAGCUGUCCCCUAUACUGACGAGGCCCGGCGGUCACGCCUCAACCGGCUGUACGGAAUCCAAGGCAUCCCCACGCUCAUCGUGCUGGACCCCCAGGGGGAGGUGAUCACGCGGCAGGGGCGAGUGGAGGUGCUGAAUGAUGAGGACUGCAGGGAGUUCCCGUGGCACCCCAAGCCCGUGCUGGAGCUCUCCGACUCCAAUGCUGUGCAGCUCAACGAGGGCCCCUGCCUUGUCCUGUUCGUAGAUUCUGAGGAUGAUGGGGAGUCUGAGGCAGCCAAGCAGCUGAUCCAGCCAAUAGCCGAGAAGAUCAUUGCCAAGUACAAAGCCAAAGAGGAGGAGGCCCCACUUCUGUUCUUUGUGGCGGGGGAGGAUGACAUGACUGACUCCCUGCGUGAUUACACCAACCUGCCCGAGGCCGCCCCUUUGCUCACCAUUCUGGACAUGUCGGCCCGGGCCAAGUACGUGAUGGACGUGGAAGAGAUCACCCCCGCCAUUGUGGAGGCCUUUGUGAAUGACUUCCUAGCAGAAAAGCUCAAACCAGAGCCCAUCUAAGGGGGCUCCAGCCUCAGGAGAUGUUAUUUAAAAACUCGGUCUUCUCCUCUUCCUUCUCCCUCUCCUCCCCUCCACCCUUGGACUUUUCCAGCGUGUCCCGAAUCACACAACCCAAGUGUCCAACCUCUCUGUGGUGCCUUGUUUUCUGCAUUAACUCCUCAGCACCCCAAGGUGCACCUCCUCUCCACAGCAGAAGAACCCCACCGUGUCUGGAGACUCUGCUUGGGAUCCACAGGGCUGGCAGAACCCGGCCAGAACCAGGACUGCAGCCUGCUCCCAGACACUAGCUCUCGGCGAAGUAUUUGCCGGGUGGUCUUGUGCCGAACGAACAUGGCGGGACAGCACACUGGAGCUCUGGUCCCACCCCUGGUGUCCGCAUGCUUGCGCAGGGCCCAGCACAGCUCAGUGAGGGAAAGGGAGCUGCUGACAACAACCUCCUUUCUCCUAAGUGACUUCUCUCUUGGUGUGAGGGGAAGACACCAGCUUGGCAGCCGGUUCUUGGGCCAGGGGAUCUCAAGAUCUCAAAGGAAGCUCAUGUUCUUUCUCGGGGAGAAAAAGCGUAGCUCUGGUAGUGAUUCAUGUAGUGGUGGCUUCCUCUGAGCUCCUACCGCGUGAUAAGAAGGAGCCUCUCAUUUUUUCCUUACAUCUUUCUUCCUGGAUCUUACCUCUCCAAGUUUCUGCCUUCUCAUAUGGACAGCCUCUAUGGUCUUGGAGUUUUGUUCAUAAACUCCCCCCUCUUGGACAGCUUCCCGGGAGGCACCCAGCCCUGUGUCCUUAGAGGAGCCCCGCCUCGCCGGCACAGACCUCUGACUCGGCCCAGCUCUGGACCUGGGGCCGCUGCAGCUCUGCCGAGGUACCUGUGUCCCCCUUUGGUUACCUGUCAUCCCUCUUUUCUUUUCAAAGCAGAACUAAAAAGAGACAAGAAAUUACCAGAAGCCUAGCUUUUUUUUCUAAGAACCUGCACAAAGAGCUGUGUCCUAGGGUGGCAGGGGGAGCAGAGGACGUGUCCACUAAGAGUGGGCCUUGGAUGCACGCGGCUAGGCUCAGGUAGCUUGGCUCCCACAGAAGGAAGUUAACAGCUGUGUCCUUGGCACUUGGGGUGGAGGGCUUCGCCUAGGGGUUCACACGGUUUGGGCCUCUCUUAACCAGGCGUUAGGGUCUUUCAUGCGAUCACAGGCCUUACCCUUGGCUCCACUUGUCCCCCAGACCCCCGUCAGCUGUUGACAGCACUGCUCCUUGCUGACUUGAUUGUUGAUUCGUAGUUUGGAGGUUCGGAGUUAGCUGGUAAUCGGUCACUUGUCACAAGCCUGAAAUGCUUCGCCUAGCGAGAAAUAAAGCAGGCAUCUCUGGACAUUAUCAACAACUUGGCCCUUCCUGUGCUUAGUAACAAAAAUCUUUUUGCUCUUGGUGCUGGGCUCUGGGGAGGGGCGGGGGGACAUACAAGAUCCUCUUGACUUUCUUUGGAGGCUUUAGUAGCGGUGUUUCAGAAUUGUCAAGAACUGGUCAUCUAAGGCCGAGGAGCUCCUUUGGCUUAGCGGACCACAGGCAGAUCCCUGCUGGAGCUCCGGCUGCCAUCUCUCCUGGGUCUGCUCGAUGCUGGCAGAGGGUGGAUUCCCCGAUCACGGGCCUCCUUGUGGACACUGGUGCUCAUUCCCUCCCCACAGGGGAGCACAUGCUCUGAAGCCCGAGGCCAGUUGCUGAAACAGGGAUCUCCACGCAGCUCUCCCUGUGAAGAAUGGGCAACCCUAGCUCUAGCCUGGGCUAGGGACUUCUCUGGGAACUCUCCUCUGGGAGUGUGGCGGAUGCAAGGACAAGGUGAACUCCCCUCACUUGGAAGAUGGAGUUCCUUGGACUUCUGCCUGUGUCCUGUAUCAUGAUAGCCCGGGAAGAGAAGUCUCUUUUCUUCUGGUGCAGAAGGAACCCAGUCCCGUGACGGGUCCCUGUAAGUCCCUGCAGCAGACAAAUUAGGUCAUCUGUGAUUCUUCUAGGGCCUUACAGGGCUGACUGAACUACUGCCCCUUAAGGGCCACUGGAUCCUUGUCACCAGACUUCCCCUUUUAGAGCGGCAUGUGGGUUGAGAUCAGUGGGAAGGUUUACAA